AUGUCAAGUUGUCCUGGAAGCGACUACGAGCGGUACUUGGUGGACGUCUUUUUGGAGGCGGACAAAGAUGCUUCAGGCUUCCUCGACGUGCACCAGCUCCGCGCUGCCCUGUAUGAAACCGUAGCCUACCCACGCUACCGCGCUUUCUCUCUGAAGACCACAAGUCUGCUGAUGGCCGUGGUCAACCUAAACAACCAGGGCUUCUUGACCAUGCAGCAGUUCUUUUGGCUGCAUCAGACAGUUUACCGCUUCUGGAAGGCCUUCCGGAAGUACGACCUCGACAACUGUGGCUGGAUUUGGCACACCGACGUCCGCGCUGUCAUGGCGUGCAUCCGCCUCCAAGUCACGGAUGACCAAAUGGAGGAGGUGUUGGGCUUGAUCGAGCACCGAACCUGGGUCUCCCUGGAAGAAUAUGUUCAACUCUGCUCCAUUUCCAUUCUCAGUCGCUACAACAUUUAA